AUGGUUAACCCACCACAACCAAGGCAACAGCCUCCAACAUCACCCCGCUUGCCCAACGCACAAGCAACUACAAGACACUCACCAAGUAUUUCUCAUGCCCAAUUGCAUUUUCAACAGCAACAACAACCACCGCCUCACCCUCAACAUCAACAACUGCAACUGCAACUUUAUCACACAAACACAGCAUCGUCACAAUCGUCACAAUCCUCUUCUACAUCUGGACAAGGCACGGGAGCUUCUUCCAAUGCACCACCACAACACGCACACUCUUCUCACGGACAUAGUGUUGGUCAUGGUCAUGGUCAUGGUCAUGGUCAUGGUCAUGGUCAUAGUCAUAGUCAUAGCCACAGCGCCAGUCAUGGCUCCAACCAUCCAUCGCGUAAACCUUCAAUAGUUGAAUUGUUGAGCUCACCACCACCAUUGCCAGUCGAUCUGGAUGAAACUAUCCACCACUUGAGUUUAUCAAGAAACCCUUCCAUCAGCUCUAGAACUUCAACCGGAUCAGCAAAUCCAUUUCUGUAUGGUGGAGCUCAUAGCUCAGCUUCUCCACAGGGAAGUUUGUCUGGUGGUGGCUCAGUCGUUGGCGGGUUGGACUGGAGUGAUGUUCCAUUGACUGAAGUUGUUCAGUCGAAUAAAUUAAUCAGCAUCCAUUGUUCUCAUUCAGUUCAAUCUGCGUUUGAGACUUUGGUCAAGAAUGAUUUGACAAGUGUUCCAGUUUCUGUCUCCAAAGAUGACCCAAGUGAUUUAAGAAACUGUUUGACGUUUGAUUAUAGUGACUUAAACACGUAUUUGUUGUUGAUUAUGAAUAAAGUUGAUUAUUCAGAGUUGAAUAUCGAGGAAAUUGGUGAACCAACCCAUACUUUACAAGAAAAACACGAAAUUAUCACUCAAGCCGUCAACAAGGCCAAAAAGGGAGAGGAGGUGCCUGUUGAAUUUAUCAUCAAAUUGCAUCCUAAAAACCCAUUUAUCAAAUUUGCUCAAAAUGACACUUUGUUUUCGGUAAUGGAAACUUUGGGAAAUGGGGUUCAUAGAGUGGCAAUUACUAAUGAAGAAUCGACAAAGAUUACUGGUAUACUUUCGCAAAGAAGAUUGAUCAAGUAUAUGUGGGACAAUGCAAGAAGGUUCCCACUGUUGGAAUUUUACCUUUCAUCUACUUUGCAAGAUUUAAAGAUUGGAUCAAGUAAACCUAUGACCAUAUAUGAUGACCAGCCAGUAUUGGAUGCUUUGUACAAGAUGUUUCAUGAGAAUGUUUCAUCAUUGGCUGUUGUUGAUCGUACAAGGACUUUGAUUGGUAACAUUUCCAUUGUUGAUGUUCGAAACUUGACCAGUUCAAAGAACUCACACAUGUUGUACAAGUCUGUGUUGAGCUUUAUUAGUUACAAUUUGUCGCAAAAGGGCAUUGCUGAAGGUAAAGAUCAAUUUCCAAUCUUUCAUGUCAAUAAUCAAAGUUCAUUAGGAAGAGUCAUUGCCAAAUUAGUGGCGACUGAGUCACAUAGAUUGUGGGUUGUGGAUAUGUCAAGAAAAUCCAGUAGUAUUUCUGCACAGUCGUCAAGUGCACCAAAUAGUGGAACCAACAACAGUGGUGUGACCUUUGGAUACCCACAACCAGCCGAUGCUUCCAUUUUGAACAAGGCUGCCAGUGUUGAAGGUCGUGAGCAGAGUCAGGCCAUUGCUAGUGAAUACAAUGGUAGUAACCAGGUGGGAAGUGGAACUGCAUUGGCAGCCAGCUCCAUCCAGCAAGAACAAGGGUACCUUGGUGGAACAGGGAAAUUGAUUGGUGUUGUUACCUUGACAGAUAUAUUGGGAGUGUUUGCUACGUCAAAAGGUCGUCGAACUGACCCUCAGUCAGCUAGAAAUUUCAGAAGAAGAAGCUCGACCUCGACUACAAGAUCGUCAAUUGAGAGUCUAGACAAUACAAUAAGUGGUGUUUUGAAUGCUACUGGUGGAGGUGGAAAUGCCAGUGGAAAUGCCAGUGGCAGUGGCAGCGCAAGUGCUAGUGCCAGUGGGAAUAACAACGCCGCUGGUGUGACUGGUCUGGGAUCGAACAAGAAUGCCAGUUCGACAAGUGUAGCAUCAACCAAUACAAAUGCCGCUACAGGUACCCCAAGAUAA